AUGUUGUUUCGGCAGUUCCGAUCUGAUGAUUUCAAUCUCGAAGUUAAGGAAGGCCGCGGAUGUCCCGGAGAACUUGAGGACGACGAAUUGAAGGCACUAGUGGACGCAAACGCGCGAGCAGCUGUUCGCGAGCUUGUAGAACAGCUUGGCGAAAGCACAGAAUACUUUCUUUCGGAUCGCAUAGAAAGGCAAAAAAACUAG